UCAACUUCUUCCCCGCUCAAGUCGGUUGCGCCAAAACGAAACAGCAACAAAAUCUCUCUCUCUCUCUCUCUCUCUCCUCGCUUUUCACUUCACUUCAAAUGCCUCCAACCCAAUCUCGCUUCCGCUAAUGGACCAACUCACCGAUCCGACUCGUCCGAAACCAAACCGCCAAACUCGCUCCUCCAUCGUCAUCGACCUCAAUGCAACCCCUUCCUCUUCCUCUUCACCCUCAACCCUACCACCACCUCCCUCCCCCGACGCCGCCUUCGCCGUCGCGCGCACCUUCCACGGCUCCCCGACGCCGCCGUCCGGAUCUCCGGCGAGGAUACCCGGAGGAGACUCUCCGUGCGCCGCGUGCGGCGAGACGGAGGAGGGGGAGGGCGGGGUGGUCGUGUGCGACGGGUGCGAGCGCGGGUUCCACCUCGGCUCCUGCGCCGGGAUGCGGGAGCGGGAAGCGGAGGAGUGGUUGUGUGGGGAGUGUUUGAGUAAAGGAGUGGUGAGUAGUCGGUGGAAGCUGGGGUUGAAGGAAUCCGAGGGUUCGGGGCAGAAGCGUAGAAGAGUUCAGUCUUUGGAAAGGCUUCCAGUCCAGUAUGAAGAUUUCUUCGUUCUUUCUGUGGGAAAUGUUGAUAAUAGACCAUCUUAUCAUAAUGCCAAUCAGAUCUGGCCUGCAGGCUAUAGAUCCUGCUGGCACGAUAAAGUUACUGGGUCCCUCUUUAUCUGUGAUGUGUCAGAUGGUGGUGAUUCUGGACCUGUUUUUAGGGUUAGCAGGUGCUCCUGCUCCACAGUGCCCAUUCCGAAUGGUUCAACUGUCAUCUUUAUGCCAAAUCCUGGGCAAUCUUAUUGGGAAGACAAAGAGAAAAAUGAUGAUUUGGCUUGUGUCAAUAUGGACUAUGAUGAGUAUUGCAGUGUCCAGAUGCUUCUCUCAGAUACUUCCCCGCCUCAGGAAAAUGAUGUUUUAUCAUGCCUUGGCAGUUAUUCUGAUAAAUCUUCUGAUGUUCAGGCGUCCAAUUGCUUGCAGCUUGAAGCCUAUCCCCUUCAUAAAGGCUUCGGGAAUGGUUUAUCUGAUACAGAUGGUGUAAGGGACGAAAUUGGCGAGUUCUUUGUUGAAGAGUCAUCGUCAUCUUCAGCAUGGAGAAUGGUGGCCAAGAAAUUCGUUGACACUUGUCGACAGAUAUAUAUGAAGAGAGGUACUCUCAAGUUGUUCUGUGAGCAUGUUGUAAAUGAAACACCCUCAACUUUCCUUGAUUGUACAUAUGGAAAGGACGAUGGCAGAUUUACCUCUUUGGCCAGAUUUUUUGGUUCUUCACGCUCAAUCAAAAUCCCCUAUGUUAUCAAGGAUACCAUUGCAUUUGAAACUGGAUUCGAAGUGCUGUUGAAAUGGCUGGACCAGGAUAGAUUUGGAUUAGAUAUUGAAUUUGUGCAAGAAAUUAUAGAACAGCUACCUGGUGUUUGUGCCUGUUUGCAAUAUGUAUUACUAAAGGAAAGGAUUAACUAUUCAUCAUCUAUAACUGUUGGAAAUGGGAUUCUAUUGGUGAAGACGAAGGAUGGUGUUCAAGGCAAGGACGAAAGAGCCAGGUCAGACAUGGUUGAAGACCCUGCGACUGAAAGUCGUUGCCUUCCUCCGGGGAAGCCAGUUAGCUUAAAGCUUCCUGUUGAGAUUGUAGGUGAUGUUCUUCAGGUAUGGGAGUUCCUGUGCCGUUUCUACGAGGUUUUGGGUUUAGAGGACCCUUUGUCAAUUAAAGAACUUGAACAGGAACUUGUUUGUCCAUGGUUUAAUGGCCUUAAUCUCCUAGAAGAAGUUGGAGGGAAAAUAGGAGAAAGAUGUGAUGUAACUUCUCCAAGAACUGUUGGUUCAAGCCAGCAUAUUGUACCCUCAAGCACUGAAUCUGGUGCGGCAGUUACCAUAGAAAAUCCAGAUGCAUUCACAGGAAUGAAAACAGAAGCAACAAAGGAAGCUAAUGAAGCUAGAAUGGAAUCAGAUACUUAUUCCAGGUGGAAGGGUAAUGCUUUAAUUAUGGCUUAUCGCUCAGUGUUGAAAGUGCUAAUAUGUGAGCUCCAGUCCAAAGUGUCUGCAGUGAUGGGCCCAAAGUUUGAUACUGGAGAGUCAAAGCUUAAACGGGGAAAAAAGAAAGAUAUGGAUUCCUCAGUUGGCAAAAAGGGCACCAAGUUGAAUAUGCUUCCUAUCAAUGAAUUAACCUGGCCAGAAUUGGUUAGAAGAUAUAUUUUGGCUGUCUUGUCCAUGGAUGGAAACAUCGACUAUCCAGAAAUAGCUAGUCGCGAAAGUGGCAAAGUGUUUCGCUGUUUGCUAGGUGACGGUGGAGUGCUUUGUGGGGCACUUACUGGAGUUGUGGGGAUGGAAGCAGAUGCAGUGUUACUUGCACAGGCUAUGAAGAAUAUUUUUGGUUGUUUGAGCAGAGAGAAUGAUAUGCUUAGAACAGAUGAUGGGGGAUCUGAUGCAACUGGUGCUUGUGAAAGCAUCGCUCUGAGUGAUAAUAAUAUUCCUGAGUGGGCACUGUUGCUGGAACCUGUUAGAAAGUUGCCUACAAAUGUGGGAGCUCGAAUACGGAAGUGUGUUAAUGACGCGUUAGAGAAAGGUCCUCCAGAAUGGGCAAAGAAAAUAUUGGAGCAUUCAAUUAGUAAGGGAGUUUAUAAAGGAAAUGCUUCUGGACCUACAAAGAAAGCUGUAGUUUCAGUGCUAGCAGAAGUCCAUGGUGAAGGGAUGGCACAGAAACCUCAUAGGGAAAAAAAGAUGAAGAAUUUCGUAUCUAUAGCUGAUAUGAUGAUGAAACAAUGCCGUAUUAUACUACGUCGAGUGGCUUCAGCUGAUAGUGAAAAAGUUUUCUGCAACUUACUGGGGAGAAGACUGUUAACCUCCAGUGACAAUGAUGAUGAAGGGAUUCUUGAAUCUCCAGCUAUGAUUUCACGUUCUUUGGAUUUCAGGACGAUUGAUUUGAGAUUGGCAGCUGGGGCCUAUGGUGGAUCUCAUGAUGCUUUUCUUGAGGAUGUUCGAGAGUUAUGGACCCAAUUGCGAACUUGUCACAGCGAGAAGCCUGACUUGGUUCAGUUGGCUGAGACAUUAUCCUCUAAUUUUGAGUCUCUCUAUGCAAAGGAGGUUGUCAGCCUAUUUCAGAAAUUUGUGGGUUAUGCCAAGUUAGGGUGCUUAUCUGCAGAGUUGAAGAAGGAAAUAGAUGAUUUUCUCGUCUCUUCUAGUGAACUUCCCAAAGCCCCUUGGGAAGAGGGUGUAUGUAAAGUUUGCGGUAUUGAUAAAGAUGAUGUCAGUGUUCUCCUGUGUGAUACUUGUGAUGCAGAAUAUCAUACAUAUUGCUUGAGCCCUCCACUUCCUAGGAUUCCUCAAGGAAAUUGGUAUUGCCCAUCUUGUGUCGCCAGCAAACAUAAUGUUCAAGAUGCAUCAGAAUGUAUUUCAAUCGUUCCGUGUAACCGGAAAAAAUACCAAGGAGAAUUCACCUGUGUUUACUUCGACACACUUGAACAUUUAGCGUCUGUACUGGAAGAAAAGGAGUGUUGGGAGUUCAGUGUAGAUGAGAAAACUUUCCUGCUUAAAUUCCUUUCCGAUGAGUUGUUGAACUCGGUUCUUAUUCGUCAACAUCUUGAGCAUGGUUUAGAAUUGUCUGCUGAAUUGCAGCAGAAAUUGCGAUCUGUUUCCAUGGAAUGGAGAAACUUGAAGUCCAAAGAAGAAACCCUAGCUGCAAACCUUGCAAAGACUGGUAAAUGUCCAUAUUUCAGAAGUUUGGAGGAGAAGUCUGCUAGUAAAAGCCUAAGUACAGAACCUUUGGAUGCUGAAGAUCGCCUUAAAGAUGGCCAAUUAUCUGGAAACUUUUUGCCCCCCAUGAAUGACAUUGACAAGGAUAAACCGUUCAGACAGAAGGAAGUGCUUCCAUCAAAUACACUUCAACAAGAAACCAAUGGCUUGAGUAGAGGGAACAGUUUCCAUGGUGGCAUGAAGCAAAGGGAUGAUAACAGCCUUGAGUUGAAUUCAGUUAGGAAUGAGAUUUCACAUCUGCAGGGCUCCGUUAGAAGCAUAGAAGUGCAACUAUUGAAGCUAUCUUUGAGGGGGGAUUUUUUGGGUAGCGACUCGGUGGGCCGAUUGUACUGGGUUUUGGCCAAGCUGAGUAGACAUCCGUGGGUGAUUGUGAACUGUAGGGAGAUGACACCAUACAUGCAUAAUCCCAAUGAUGCUAAUACUACGUGUUUUCCAUGGGUUACUUACCAAUCUGAUGCAGAAAUUAAAGGACUAGUAGAAUAUUUGAGAUGCGAUGACCCAAAAGAAAGAGAACUGAAAGAAUCCAUUUUGCGCUGGCUGAAGCUGAGAUCGUUAGACUCUGAACAUAAUGAAAACCGAAGUCAGGAUGAGCCUCAAAUGGCUUCUUCUGGGUCCACAAAAAGGGAAAUUUAUUUGUAUUCUGAAUCGUUGGUCACGAAGGCAGGCAGUUUGCUAGUGAAUAAAUAUGGUCCAUGGUCUGAGCCAGACAUCAUUGACCUCUUGAAGAAGCGGGGAAGAAAGACAAAACCCAAUAGUGAAGACAAAAUGUUUAGGUGCUACUGCUUAGAACCUGUGUGGCCCUCUAGAUAUCAUUGCAUUUCUUGCCAUAGAACCUUCUCCAGCGAAGUGGAGCUUGAUGGGCAUAACGAUGCUGCGUGCAAAUUAGGUAUACAAGCCUCCAAAAAGAGCAAUCAAAAUAGUGCUUUAAAGGGUAAUAUAAGCUUAAAAUCUGGGACUAUGGAGCAGGAAAAUGGCUAUUAUGAGCUCAAUUCCAAGUUGAUUAAAUAUCAAAAUGAUGGACUAGUAUGCCCAUAUGACUUGAAAGAGAUAUGCUCCAAGUUUGUGACAAAGAACUCUCUCAAGGAGUUGGUGCAGGAAAUAGGUCUUUUUGGUUCUAAUGGCAUUCCAAUGCUUGUCCCAUCUGUAUCUCCGUAUCUUACUGAUCCUACACUGAUGGUAGUUCCCUCUAAAGUAGUUGUAGUUGGCACGGGUGAAGAGCCUAAGAUUGAUGAACAGAGAGUUUUUAUAGCUAAUGCAGAACUUGAUAAUAGUUCUCCUAGAGCGUGUGCCGCAAACGGAUUCACUGGAUCACUGAAAUCAGAUAAACCGCCUUUUGGAUCCUUAGAGCAGAAAGAUGGAAGUGUGUCAUGUCACAGUUUAGAUCCAGCUCUAGGUAACUGCUGUGUCAUUCCAGAGUCUGCACUGAGGCCGUUAGUUGGCAAAGCUUCUGUAAUUUUAAGGCGACUCAAAAUCGAUUUGCUGGAUAUGGAUGCUGCGCUUCCUGAAGUAGCUCUGAGACCUUCAAAAGCGCAUUUGGAAAGGAGAUGGGCCUGGCGCUCAUUUGUUAAAUCUGCAGAUACCAUACACGAGAUGGUUCAAGCUGUGGUUGCAUUUGAGGACUUGAUUAAGACAGAAUACUUGAAGAAGACGUGGUGGUACUGGUCAUCACUGUCGGCUGCCGCCAAGAUAUCUACCUUGUCUUCCCUUUCUCUGCGGAUAUACUCUCUGGAUGUUUCCAUUAAUUAUGAGAAGGGUUCUGUAAAUCUAGACAAACGUAAACUCAGCGACAACAAACCAGAUCACAAGCCAGAGUCUGUUUCAGGUGCAACUGAGAAACUUCAGCUAGGCAAGAAACAACAAAAAAGAAAAAGGGAACAACUAGAGGUUUGAUUUUGGAUUUUUUUGGUUCUCUAAUUGAGGAGAUCGAAAUUCGAUGAUUGCUUUUGCUGGAACUUAUGGAAUUGGAAGCUGUCAAAUGGGAUUGAGGACAAAACUGAGGGCUGGAAGCGAACGGCUAGAAUGUGAUCUCCUUAUGUACAUAUGGAGAGGAGAGGCAAUAUUGGUUAACCUCUAGAUGCUGAUUUUUUGAAGGCGGAUUUUACUGAGUAUUUUAGAGGGAGAAGACUACAGAGGAACAGUUGCAUGAGAAUGCAUAAUUUUGAACUAUAUUCUGUAGUUCUCAUUUUUGACAGCUUGAUGGAUGUUUUUCUGGAAUAUUUUUUUUGUCAUAUGAUGGGUUUUUUUUUUUAAUUUCUGAUGAAUAGAAUAGCAAGAUUCAUUGAUAGAAACUAAUGUAAAGAAGAACAAAAAAAGGAAAAAGGAAUGGCAAAAGGCAAAAUGGGUGUUGCAGAUUAUAUA